AUGUUCAAAGCUACUCGCACCCUGGCCAUGCGCCCUUCGGCCAUGAUGAUGAUGCGCCAGACGCCCAGGAUGACGAUGCGUCAGAGCCCCCAGCUCUUUGUGCGCCAGACACUGCAGUUGCGCAGUCCCGUCCCCAAGCAGGAGCAGGGCGCCCACACUGCCUCGCAGCGCCUGCGCCAGCUCAAGAACGUCCCCACUGAGAUUUGGCCAUUGAUCGUUGUCCUCGGCGUUGCCGUCGUCAUGGCCUUCUUCUCCCUCGGCAGGAAACUCUGGGUCGACAAGACUCUCCGCCUCAAGAGGCAGGGUAAGGAGCAGUAGACUCCUGGGAUACCGAAAUUGGACACUUCUGGGCGAAAGCGCUCUGUGUAUACACCAACUGGGCAUGUAGACCGUUACCGAAAACUGAAAUCUAACACGGAGUUUCCUUUGUGCUGUACGAUCGUUCUUCUUCACUGGGGCCAUUGAGGCUGGCACGAUGUUGUCUUUGAUUUCGAAGAGGUUGGCAGACCACAUAUUCAUGCCUUCGGCACAACACGACAUUUGAUUCGCAGCGAAAUGGGUAUCUUAAACCCCUACUUAGAACAGCCAAAAAGAAUACAGCUCGGUGCAGUGACACAGUGCAUUU